CUUUUCCUCAUUCAUUGCCGCCUUCAUUCACACUUCCCACCUGCCGGAAUUUCUACUUUGAAGCAAUGGAUUUCCACAGCCUACCAAGAAGAGAAUUGCAGGCCUUCUGCAAGAAGAAUAAAAUUCCAGCCAACAUGACAAAUGCCGCCAUGGCUGACGCUCUCAAAGCUCUCGAGAUCGUUGAAGGAAUUGAAGAAUUUAUGCAGCUUUCUCAAUCAGAAAGUGCGCAAUCAUCAAUUGAGCUACCGGAUGGCUCGGAGGUAACAUCUCCAUACGUGCCUCCAACUGGUGGCAGGAGUACACGUCGGAGAAAUGUCGUGAAAGAUGACGUAGAAGCUCUCACCUCAAUCAUGACUACAACUCGGCGUACUACUCGAAGAACUGCUGCCAAAGCCUCUAAUGAAUCACAGGUCGAUGCUAUGGAAACUCCAGCAGUGGUUGCGCAGGCUAGUAGAAGGAAGGUUCAGAUGGCCUCAGCUUGUCUGAAAAUGGAUUCCCAGUUGAAGGAAUGCGUAGAGGAACAGAAGAAGGAUUCUUUGAUGACCCCUGCUGCAGUGGGGGUUGCUAGCCGAAGAAGAAGAGCUGAGGAGACUGAGAAGAAAAUGUACAGCACACGACGAUCAGUAAGGUUGGCCGUGAAAAGUGUGCAGAUGUCGAACAGUGUGAAGAGUGAAGGAUCUGAGCUUUCUAAUAAUGAGUUAUUUGCUAAAGAUUGUGAAGAUCAGGAGGUGAAUCAGAAAGAGAGCCUGGAAGACAGGAAUGAAAUCUCAGGAAUUCCUGGUGUUGAUGCAAUUGAAAAUGUGGAUGAGAAUAAAGAAGAAUCUGAAGUUGUUUCAGCUGAAAAGGAGGAUAUGACCAUGGGAGGAACAGAAUUGGGGAGUACUCGUGAAGAAGAAACGUCCACGGAUUUUGCGGUGGAAGUUCAAUCGGAAGAGAUAUGUGAUAACACAGAAUAUCCUGGUGAAGAAGAUGCGAUAGUGCCAGUAAAUGUGAGCGAUGAAGUUCAACAGAGUGAAGGGCCUUUUGAUGUCCCCACAUGUGAAAUUGAAGUUACAGUUGAGAGCUCAAAAGAAGUAAAUACUGAGAUUGGUGAUGUCCCCACAUGUGAAGUUGAAGUUACAGUUGAGAACUCAAAAGAAGUAAAUAUUGAGAUUGAUGAGGCCGGUGACUUUGAAAGUAAAGUGGAUGAACAAGGCUUGAAUGUGAGCUUAGGCAAGCUGACACUGCAACAAGAAGUUGAUUCUGAUAAUCUGGGCAUUCCUGAAAGUGAAAAAAGGGGUGAAGAAGAAGGCGUUGCUAAUUCCCCAAGCAAGCAGCCGCCAUCUGGUGUUCCUCUUCAUGAAGCUUCUGUAGAAAUAGGAAAUAAGGCAUCGAUGACUGGAUUUUCAGACAACAAAGAGAACAUCGAAUUAGUAAUCCCGCAAAAGAUAAUGAAGCGUAGUUUGGAGGAGGAAAGCUUGAGAAAGCUCACCAAGAUGUUGAAGAAGAAGCUACAGAUCUCGAGUGAAUGUAGCAAGCAGGGCAACAACGAGGCACUCCCAAGAUCAGCUCUGCAAGUGCUUCCUGAGAAUGGAAAUGGAAAGUGAGGAGUUUGUGUGCACUGUGCGUGCACCACUGAUGAUGAAAAUUUUGAUGGAAUUGUGAGGGUGAAGAGAUGGGGGCUGUAUUGAUAUUUCAUCAAUUUCCAAAAAUGUGUUUUUCGUAUUUGGAAUUUAUUGACAUUCAUGAGAAACAAUUUGAAAGAAUUGAGUUGAUUACCGGUCUUAGAAUCGGAAAUAAAUAAGCUUGUUUUUUGACAGUAAA